GAACAAGACACUCGUCCUCCAUAUAAACAUGAGGAUUGCCCUACAAUUGAAAAAGGACGUUGUCGGCAACAUUAUCAACAUGGUAAUGAGGAAAAGGAUUAUGCAAAAGAUGAAAAUAAGUGCUUUUGUUCCGAAUCAAUUCUUUCUCUCUCGGCAGAAGAACUAACAAGAGAAAAUGUAGAAUUAAGAAGAGAAGUUAAGGAAUUAAAGGAUUUAAUAGCUAGUGGAGCGGGCAUCGAAAAAAAUAAAAUAGAUGAUUAUAAAAAUCCACAAUUUUGUGCUUAUGAGGAAAAGGACGGAGCAAGAGUUCUUCCCUCUUUAUGGCUGGAUGAUAAUAAGACCCAAGUUAAUCCUAGAGCUUUGCUUGUGCAAGAUAAAGAUGGUAAUUUUGUCGAUGGCGUAUCAAUUAUGGAACCUGGUGUUUUAGCGGGUUAUUUAACACGGGCUUUACUAACGGAUGCAGACAUAAACAACAUGAAACUUACUAUUAAUGAAGGCAAGAAUGAGAAAUAUAAUAAAAAAGCUGACCAAAUAAAACAUAAAGAAACCCUAAACUAUCUAAAAAAAGCUAUUAUCGUUUUCGAUGAGGCUCAUUAUUCUUUUGAUCCUGCCUACCAAAAAUUAAUAGAACGAGCUAUUUUACUAGGUCAUGAUGUAAUUAAAAUGAGUGCUACUUUUGAAGGCAUGCCUUUUUCUACCACUUCUUCUUAUAAUAUCGAUACUCCCAAAAGGAUUUUAAAUAGUAGAAAUGUGGUGCAGAUGGUGGGCGGAUUAACUGAAGAACAAAAGAACUUAUUAAAGAAUAGCAAGAUACCUUAUGUCAUUCUCGAUAAAAAUUAUGAGAGUGCAGCAAAAGGAAUAGUAGAUGGCUUGCCAAAAGGUUCUUUAGUUAUU